AUGCUAAAAGGGACCAAAAUAAAAUUAAUCUACCCCCAGCCCCAAACGAACUCUACUGGGCUGUCCCGGGUCGCCCCCGGCCAAGCCCCCGGCCCUAAGAGGCCCGGCCUGAGGUCGGCCCCAGGAGGGGUGUUUACAGCUGGGCGCUCGCCCCUGCUCGGCGCAGCCUGCCCCGUGCGGGCCCCUUCCGUCCCCCACGGCCCCGGAUUUCCUUCAGUCCCGCCGCACCGAGCGCAGCGCCGGCUCCUCUCCCCGCCGGAGAGUUGUUUUCAUGGCUCCCUCCGCGGACCUCUGCUGACUAACUCGCUCUCCUCUCCCGUCCCAAACCCUCCUCCUGCUGGCACUUCUUUCCGCCGCUCACCCAGCGGCUCACAUCACACUCCCACCUCAGACCCCAGGCUCCGAGAGGCGCAGGGCCGGCGAAAGCCGAGUGUGGCGCGCAGCGGCCCCCCGGGAUGCGUCAGAGGACCAUCGGGGCCCGAGAGCACAAGCCCGACGCGGCUCCCCGGCGCCCCUGUGGCCAUCCACCCCCGCCUCAGCCGCCGCCUCGCUCCGCUCCCAGCGCUCAGCCCGUCCCCCUGCCGGACGCGCACCCGAGCCCCGCGGCCCCCGGGCUUCGCCCGCCCGUCGCCCCGGCCGGCCCCGCUCGCCCCGCGCCUCUGCCAGCUCCUCGCCCGCCCGCUGUCUCUAGCUCUGGCGCCCCAGCUCCCGAGCCCCCUCGCUCGCCCAGUUCUUUCUCUGCUCCAACCCACCGCUCGUCACUUCCUCCCCGGCGGCCUCCGCGGCUAG